AUGUUACCACAACAACCUUCUGGUAGCAUCUUUGAAAGAUAUUGGAGAUCGCGUUGGAAUUUGUGUCAAAGCUAUGAUUUCUCAGAACCUCAACAAGGUAAGGAUAUUUGUGAUAGGAUCAUCUGUCCCCUGAAGUCAUCAAUUCGCCGAUACUGCAAUGAAGGAAAUGAUAUCCUUACAGCUCAAGACAUGCAUACUGCACUGAAUUGCCGUCCAGUUAAAGGAACAACAUCAUCAGUCAAUGAAGUCAAAGCCUCUGCUGAGCAACUCAGUGUAAAGAAAAUUACGGACUUCAGCAGUUAUCACAAUUUCCAGUAUAAAGAAGCAGGGAUAAGGGUGUGGAAAGCAUAUGGCAUUGGAAAGGGAAAAAAACUAUUGGAUAAAGAUAUCUACAUUAGCCGACAAAAGAGUACAGAAUUGCAAGUGUCAGUCAACUUUCCCGCUGUACAGCAGACUAGGCAAACGAAACUGAAAAGAAAUGAAAACCAUGAUGAUAAUUCAAACGCAGUUAGUGCUGGUUUGUUUGAUUGUGCUGAGCCUGGUUGCAACCACGUGUUUGAAACAAUUCAGAGCUUAGAGCUUCACAUGGACCUGGGCCAGCAUAGUCGCUUUAUCAACAGCGAGAGCGUGUAUGAUGCGUUAAAAAGAGAGUGGGCAAAACAAUUCACAACGUUAAGCUCAAGAAAUGUCCAGGGCAAGGGACCGAAACAACAUCAAACUUUAGAAUGCAGAGAAUCCUCUUCAAAGAUGGGAUGGGCUCUUAGUAAACCUAAAACUGGCUCUCUGCGUUUUUCUCCAAAUAUCUGCAAGUAUUUGACUGCGAAAUUUGAUUAUGGUGAGUGA